GCUCCCCAAACCAGCGCAAACCCUGCCCUGACACCGGCAGCGACACGUCCACCGGCGGCGCCAUGGUGCUCGAGGCAACGAUGAUCUGCAUAGACAAUUCGGAAUGGAUGCGGAACGGCGACUACGCUCCGUCGCGGUUCCAGGCGCAGGCCGAUGCCGUCAACCUCAUCUGCGGCGCCAAGACCCAGUCAAACCCGGAGAACACGGUAGGCGUGAUGACAAUGGCCGGGAAGGGUGUUCGCGUGCUUGUCACUCCCACCAGCGACCUCGGGAAGAUUCUCGCCUGUAUGCACGGGUUAGAAGUUGGCGCUGAGGCAAACUUGGCUGCGGCAAUCCAGGUUGCCCAGCUUGCUCUAAAGCAUCGCCAGAACAAGAGGCAGCAGCAGAGGAUUAUAGCUUUCAUUGGAAGUCCUGUGAAGUACGACAAGAAAGUUUUGGAGACCAUUGGGAAGAAGCUGAAAAAGAACAAUGUUGCUCUUGACAUUGUUGACUUUGGUGAAUCCGAUGAUGAAAAACCUGAGAAACUGGAAGCAUUGAUUGCUGCUGUUAACAGCAGUGAUAGCAGUCACAUUGUUCAUAUCCCUCCUGGUGAAAAUGCCCUCUCUGAUGUCCUCCUAAGCACUCCUAUAUUUACUGGUGAAGAAGGUGGAAGCGGUUUUGCUGCUUCCGCAGCAGCUGCCGCAGCUACUGGAGCAUCUGGAUUUGAAUUUGGUGUGGACCCAAACGUAGAUCCAGAAUUGGCACUUGCCCUGCGGUUGUCUAUGGAAGAAGAGCGGGCAAGGCAAGAGGCUAUUGCAAAAAAGGCUGCUGAAGAUACUUCUAAUACAGAACAUAACAAUGUCCCAAGCUCAAACAGUGAUUCUGUUAUGGCUGAAGGAGAACCUGCCUCAAAUGCUGCUGCUGGUGACAAAGAACAACCAAAGGAUGAUGACGAUCUACUACAGCAGGCACUUGCAAUGUCAAUGGAGGGUGGUGCUUCAGGAUCUGCAGCUGUGACUGACUCUGCUAUGGCAGAAGCUGGUGCAGUUGACCCUGACUUGGCAUUGGCUCUUCAAAUGUCUGUCCAGGAUGCAAACAUGUCCAGUGACACUGAUAUGAGUAAGGUGUUUGAAGACAGAACGUUUGUGUCAUCUAUCCUUAAUUCGCUUCCUGGUGUUGAUCCCAAUGAUCCAUCUGUUAAAGAUUUGCUGGCAUCGUUGCACAGCCAGGGAGAGCAAGAGAAGAAGGAAGACACGUCAGACAAAACAGAAGACGAUAAGAACUGAUAUAGCCAUGUUCACGCUUCCAUGCGUACAAAGAAAUUAAAGACCGGUCUCCAUUGACUGCGUUUACUCUCUUGGUCGUGGAGUUUGUUUAUCCUCAUAUAACGGUGCUUUGAUUAUAACUUACCGCCGAGGGAAUUUGUAUUAUGACACUGCAACAAUCUUCUCUCCAUAUAUGUUCAAGGGAUUUUCGUGUUUCAAUGCUCUCCAUAUAUGUUCAAUUGAUUUCCGUGUUAC